AGAAGAGAAAAGAAAUGAAAAGAAAAGAACUAAUUUGAGUCCUACACCUUACCGUUUAGUAAAGAAUUUCCGUUAAAUCCUCCGUUGUGCCGCCGCCGCGAAUUCUUGAUACGUUGGGUUACAUUUUUGGAGGGUUUAUUGGAGAUAUCAUAUUUGCAGCUUAGAAUUCAUUCUUUGCACAAAUAUGCCGUCGAAGGGAAAGAAGAACGCAAAGACACUCUCUAGAUUGUCUAACUCAAACCACUCUCAAUCUCCUGUGUCACGGUUCACAAUACCUCCUGUCUCCCAAGUUUCUGAAGAUGAGUUUCUUUCCUCCAUUGAAGAAGCUUCAAGUAAAUAUCCUUUUUUGAUUGGUAAAUCUGCUUUUGUUGGAAGACUUAUUAAGGAUCCUGUUCAAUCUACUGCCUGUAAAGUUUGGCUUUCUGAAUCUUCUAUGCUUGCUUCUAGCUUCACCCAAGGAGCUAUUGUCUCGGUAGCACUUAGUUCGGAGGGAGGUAACUUUCCUCUGUCCUCUUUAGCAGACGAAUGCGGUAUGCACUUUGGGGUUGAUUAUGGAAAUUCAAUAAUUCAUGAAGCGGGAAAUUACUUUGCUCUUGCGAGAAUUUUCUCUUCUGGUAAGGAGUUAAAUGAUGGAGUGCAAUUAUCAACAAACCUUUCAUUUACCUUGGGUUGCCCUACAAUUGGCCGUGUUGUGUUUAUCUCUCCUUUGAAAACCCAUCUUUGCAAUGAUCCAUUGAAUGAUAAUGGAAAAUUGAAGAGCACAGAAGUUAACUUUUUGAGAAUAUACAAUUGUAAGGAACUGUUUCUGGAUCUAGCGUCUUCAACCAAUGUAUCAACAAAAGACAACUUAUUCCCAUCCUCAACUAUUUAUUCAAGAAAGGUUCAUGGUCGUAGUGAAAGUGGUAAUUUAACAUCCCCAAGCACCAUGCGGUCUGCUUCUCCUAAAUGUGAUGAGGUGGUCUCAAACUUACCAAGUCCAUUUGUUCAUUCACUUAUUGAGUCCUUAGGAGAUGAUACCGUCAGAAAAACUCUACAGACGAUUGCCUCCAAUGAGUUGUAUAAACGUUGUGUGCUACGUGGUAAUCUUGUAACUAUCCCAGUGCUUUCAGAUCUUUGUACAUUUCAUGUAAGGGGUGCGAAAGGACUGUCAGGAUAUGAUGACUCUUAUGAUUCUGUGAACAGUGGAAGCGACGAUCAUUUUCAACAUUAUUCAUCAGAUGAAUAUGCAAAUUGUGCUUUCAAUAUAGACCAGCUGACAAAAGUAUUUAUAAAUGUUCAAUCAACCACGGUCUCAGAGACAAAUCAAGAAAUUUUUCCAUCAAAUGUGGAACCUCAAAAUCUAAAUAUCAGAGCUAAAGUAAAGCCUAAAGUUCGGAAAUUGGGUGGUCUUUCAAAAGAGUAUUCAGUUUUGAAGGAUAUUAUAAUUUCUUCAUCAUUAAAUAGCACCAUGUCAAGCCUUGGUUUUCGAACCACAAAGGGAGUACUUCUUCAUGGUCCUCCUGGUACUGGAAAAACUUCCUUGGCUCAAUUAUCUGCUCAUGACGCUGGUGUCAACCUGUUCUAUUUGAAUGGACCUGAAAUUAUAAGUCAAUAUCAUGGGGAAAGUGAACAGGCGCUGCAUGAUGUUUUUGAGGAGGCAAGCCAAGCUGCACCUGCUGUGGUAUUAAUUGAUGAGUUGGAUGCUAUUGCACCUGCAAGAAAAGAUGGAGGUGAAGAACUGUCUCAAAGAAUUGUUGCUACACUGCUUAAUCUAAUGGAUGGGAUCAAGCGAAGUGGUGGGCCACUUGUAAUUGCUUCUACCAACAGACCUGAUAGCAUUGAGCCUGCACUAAGGCGGCCUGGGAGACUUGACCGGGAAAUUGAAAUAGGUGUGCCUUCUCCCAACCAACGUUUGGAUAUUCUACAUACAAUACUUAGUGAAAUGGAGCACUCUCUUUCAGUCGUGCAAGUUCAACAUCUAGCUAUGGUCACACAUGGUUUCGUGGGUGCUGAUUUGGCUGCCCUUUGCAAUGAGGCUGCCUUAGUUUGUAUAAGGCGUUAUCAAAAGUUUAAAGUUUCUUCUGAUUAUCAUAGUUUUGGUAGAUCUGUUAUAGCAGAGGAACAGCACAAGUUUAAUGAGGUGGCUCAUAAAGCCAAUGACGAUCAUAUGAUAUCGGAACCUGUUCUCUUACAAGAUGAAGGAAGUAUAUCAGGGGUUUGCCAAAACCUUGUGUCUUCAUCAAUCUCUGAACAUACUUUUACAUCUGACCCCCUAACAUGUGUGUCCUCGAAUGAAGUGGUUGCUGAUAGCGAGGAUAGUUUUAACUCUUCUGAAAUCAAGUGUAAAUUGAAGGUUGUUUUUGAAGACUUUGAGAUAGCUAGAAUGAAAGUGAGGCCUAGUGCCAUGCGAGAGGUCAUACUUGAGGUUCCAAAGGUAAAAUGGGAAGAUAUUGGUGGACAAAUGGAGGUUAAGGCUCAAUUAAUGGAAACAGUGGAAUGGCCUCAAAAACAUCAGGAUGCAUUCAAACGAAUAGGGACUCGACCUCCAGCAGGAGUGUUAUUGUUUGGUCCUCCUGGAUGUAGCAAAACCCUCAUGGCACGUGCUGUAGCUUCUGAAGCAGGACUAAAUUUCCUUGCAGUGAAGGGCCCAGAACUUUUCAGUAAAUGGGUUGGUGAAUCUGAGAAGGCAGUUAGAUCUCUGUUUGCUAAGGCAAGAGCUAAUGCCCCAUCAAUCGUGUUUUUUGAUGAAAUUGAUGGUCUUGCUGUCAUUCGUGGGAAGGAAAGUGAUGGGGUUUCUGUCUCUGAUAGAGUUAUGAGUCAACUUCUUGUUGAAUUGGAUGGCUUACAUCAGAGAGUUGGUGUCACUGUCAUUGCAGCUACCAAUCGACCAGAUAAGAUUGAUCCAGCCCUUCUAAGGCCAGGACGUUUUGAUCGGCUGCUUUAUGUUGGGCCCCCAAACGAAUCUGAGCGAGAAGAGAUAUUUCGUAUCCAUUUGUGCAAAGUUCCUUGCAGCCCAGAUGUCAGCACGAGGAAGUUGGCUUCUCUUAGUCAAGGGUGUACGGGGGCGGACAUAUCAUUAAUUUGCAGAGAAUCAGCUUUACUUGCCCUUGAGGAGAACCUGGAGGCGUCAGUAAUAAGUAUGCAACAUUUAGAAACUGCAGCUAGACACGUGAAGCCAUCUGAAACUGCACCUUACCGAGAAUUAUCAUCUAGGUUUCAAAGGCUUGUUUGUUCUAGCUCACAAGAAGUUAAUGUUGUAUGUCAGCAGUCACGAUCUAACUGGUUUUCUUUUUGGCCCCUUGUAAAAUCAGCUGUGCUACUCUUUUCUCGUUUUCGUCACAUGCUUGAAGGCGUCAAAUGAGCAGCAACAAAUUGGUUGGUAUUUACACAGUCUUCAAGGAAUUGUUGUGUCAUGUAAUGCUACUCAACCAAGAACAAGGAUUGGUUAUUUCAAGUACUGAGUUUGGAAUCAUAGAUAAAGAUCCUACUAUUGCAUCACCCAUGCAAAAUUGAGCUGUUUAAUACGAGGUUCUUGGAGGAUGAAGAUGACGUUUACAAAUUGUGAGCUGGGAUGAUUUCAUUCACUAAGUGAAUUGCAUAUAUCCUGCUCUGAAGAGAGUUAACAAAACAAAAGGAAUUGGUGUGUUGUUAAAUGCCAAACUUGUGGUGGUGCGAUGUGAUGUAUUGGAGAGAACCAAUGAAUAUGUGGGCAAUAAGGCAUUAUUGACGUGUUUGUUCCUAUCCAACUCGUAAUUAGGAGUAUCAAGAAGCUUUAAUACAUUAAUUAGAUGCCCACUUUGAGCCAUGCUUACAUGAAUCUUGAUUCUACACUGACUGUAUGUUGUAUUGGUUUUUUUUAGUACAAAUGGGAUGGAGAAAGUUGAACCAUUGUCCUCUUGGUCCUUAGCUCAUCUCACAUUGCUUUCAUACCAUUAGAUUGACAACUAAUUGCUACUUCUGUAGGGCAAUGAGGCAAAUACAUGGUGACUCUUACCACAUUAACUGAAAUAGUGAACCAACAUUGGGUACAUUUAUGUUAUGAUCUAAUAGGUGUUACAUGUACCAACAUCUUUCCAUUAGGAUGAGAAUGUGAGAGAAAGAUAGACCAUUGGUUGUAUGAUAUGAUCUUUAAAUGUAUUUAAAAACAUAAAUUCAACUAACUUUGUAGAUUAUUCGGGAGUUGUAUAACACUUUCAUUUGAAGAUUGCCAUA